GGCUCGGCGUCCGCGCCGCGUGUUGGAGCGCGGGGGGGCGCGCUUCCACUGGGGGGCACACGAGCCCCGGUCGCGUUCCUCGCCCGAGGGGGGGACACGACCAUGCGACGCCUGACGGGCCGGCAGCCCGUCUCGCUGCUCGCGGGCCUCUGCCGUGCCGUCCCGGGCCGCCAGCCAGCGGCGUCCGUCGACCGCUGCUGACGGCGCUCGCGCCAACACGGCCACGUCGACGGCGGCACGCAUGACGCCGGACAACCCAGGCUCGAGUCCAGCCUUCUCGGAAGGCGACGAAGGAGGCGGAGGACGCAGGGUGGGCGGUGCAAGGCGGGUCUUCAAGUUCCGCAACCUGCGCAGCUUGGCCCGAACCCAACUGGGCCGAGCGGUGAACCGCGCCCGCGAACUCCGAGAAUCCGCGGAAACUGGACUCGGGAUCUGUGGUUGGAUCCUCACGGUUCUGUCGUUCGUGAUUGUCGUGGUCACCUUUCCCUUCUCAUUGCUUUUUUGCAUCAAGGUCGUUCAGGAGUACGAACGCGCUGUUAUUUUCCGUUUGGGAAGACUCCUGCAAGGGGGAUCGAAAGGGCCCGGUAUCUUUUUCAUUCUCCCCUGCAUCGAAAACUACACCAAGGUUGAUCUCAGGACGCUAACCUUUGAUGUUCCACCCCAAGAGGUGCUGACCAAGGACUCUGUGACCGUGUCGGUGGACGCAGUCGUGUACUACCGGGUGCACAAUGCGGCGGUGUCCGUCGCCAACGUGGAGAACGCCCACCACAGCACCCGCCUGCUCGCACAGACCACGCUGCGCAAUAUUCUGGGCACCCGGAACCUGCACGAGAUUCUCGCCGAUAGGGAGCAGAUAUCCAAUGCAAUGCAGAGCGCCCUGGACGAAUGCACCGAUGCUUGGGGCAUAAAGGUAGAGCGGGUGGAAAUCAAGGACGUGCGUUUACCGGUUCAACUGCAGAGAGCCAUGGCCGCCGAAGCUGAGGCUGCCAGAGAAGCACGAGCAAAGUUGAUUGCCGCCGAAGGAGAGCAGAAGUCGUCUCGAGCCCUGAAAGAGGCCGCGGACGUGAUGUCCCUAAGCCCAGCAGCCCUGCAGCUGCGCUACCUUCAGACACUGAAUACCAUUUCCGCCGAGAAGAAUUCCACCAUCAUCUUCCCGCUGCCCAUAGAUUUCCUCGCCUGCUUCAUGCCUGACAAGAAGAAGCACCGCGUCAUGGAUCCGGACCCGUAGUGGCCCGGCGUUCGUUCGAAUCGACCGAGAGAGGGAGAGCUUUGUCAACGCGUCGAACCGGUUCGUAUAGUCCGCUGAUGGCGGCUAUAGAGGGUCGGGCCUGGGUUGCCCGCGACUUGUAUCCUCCCAGUGAGUGUGGAGAAGUGCACCGACGUUUGUUACGCUGUUGUUGCUGCACGCGUGCUUGAAAGAAAAGUUACAGGGAAGCACCUUGGUACACGUUGUUUUGCGAUGAGAGAGAGGAAAACAUGCUGUUGAAGUGUGGAUGAUCUGUUGAUUGUUGACAGGCGACGGGUUAUUUGCAUUCGCUCUCAUGUGUUCACAUGUCGGAGGUUAUGGAGAGCGGAAGUUGUUUUUGUUGACGUUAGCCAUGAAUCACAUUUGUUUUCACAGGUCUCUGUCUUGCCCACUUGAAAAAAUGUUGAGCGCAAAGCACGCAUGCUUCAUUUCUGAACAAGCGGGUCUGAAGCCGCGUGCGGAUUUCUAGAUACAGAAGCUGGGAUAGCAUGAGAUGCACCUCAUAUCGAUUACAAUACGCCAGCGUUCUACGGAAAGAACAAAAGCUUCGAGACCCUUAAGAAAUUCAUUGAACAGUUUUAAUUUAUGUACAGAUACGCUGUUUAGCGAUAUUAAAAAAUGUAUAGACAAGCCCAGCUAUGUAGCAAAUAAAAAAUUUGGUACCUUUAAUUUUCCCGGAAUAGGUCGUGGAGCCGCCCGACUAUUAAAAAUGCAAUACUUAUCUCGCACAGUUUGUAAACGCGAUCUCAUGUUGUUAUGUAUGCACAGAUAGAAAAAAUUACUGUAACAGUCAAAGGAUUAAAAGGCUCCAUGACCCCUUCAGGCCGUAUACAUAAGAGUGGACGAGAUAAGCCUGAAGCAGCGCCACAGUGGAAUUAUCACAAAACAAAAAGCAACUGUAUAUACCUACGCACUGAGCGGAGUGUGAUCAACAGCGAGAUCACUGAUUUUGCAUUGUUUAAGUAUUUUGACGGAUAGCUUAAAAAAUUUGACACUAACGCAGCUUCAUCAUUAAUUGGCACGUAUUUGCAGUGAUUGUUAAAGAAGCUGGAACUAGGGCAAAUAGUGGUGCCGGAAAUUACGAAAACUGUUUUUUCAUUGAUCAUACGUUCAGGACAAAGCCGUUUACUUUUAACUCUAGAAACAAGUUCCGGCGGAAUUAUAUCGCAUCUACGUUGCCGAUGAGGCGCCGCAUUGAAAUGCCGAAGCAAGACCUAUGCAUAGGCAUUUGAUGAGUGUCUUGUCACUGGUGAUCCAUCCUCUUCGAAGUACUUUCCUAGCAACGAUGUUAUCCGCUCGCUUGGCCUCUGAUGCAAUCACAAGAGCAGGUAUACACUUUGUCACCACUAGCAUGAGCGCACCACACACACUGCACGAGCGAGUGUGUAGUGCCACCUCGACGGUAGCCUUGGGGUAGCGGAGAGAUGGCCGAUGGUGACUGUCACGCAAGAAGCAUCCCGAAGGAAGUUUAGCUCUGGAGUUUGCGGGAAGACGGGGAUGGCCGCGGGGCGUAGGUAAGCAAAAAAAGGGUUAGGGAAGGCGACCUCCUCACCUCCAGCCCCCUCCUGCUGAAGGUAACGUCCGGCUGCUGAUACUUGAGCCCAUAUUUCCGGACUGCUCCGCGAGCGUUUCCGCGAAGACGGCGGCAGCGGUGAGUGCCAUCCGAGCCCCUCCGUGGUUGGCGAGGCCAGUUGGAUAAAGCCGAUCCCUUGAACGCACGCGCAGUUUUCCCCUCUGGGCGUGAGCGGUGGCCGCGCUGUUAGGUGUGCGCUUGCCGCACCUGCCCGCCGGCGCUGCCGGACUGGUGGUCACUCUCUCAUAUACAGCGCUCGCAGGGACCGUUGCUGCUUCGACCAGGCGCUGUUUAACUAUGCACCUGCGGGGCGGGCAUGGUAAAAGGGUACGCUGAGAGCAUGCCGUCUUAGACUGUUAACACUACAAGUACUACAA